CGGGCGGCCAUGUUGGAGCAGCGGAGGCGGCGCAGAGGUGCGUCUUGGGUCCCCGCGGCGGCGCCGGUGCUGAGCGCUGGUUUGCGGAUACCCACUCAGAUCUACAGUGCCUAAUGCCAUGAGCGUGGUGGUGCAGCAUGUGGAGGAGAAAGCUGUGCACUCCUGGUCACGGAUCUCCACAGCAGGGAAGAAGGCCUUGGAGGAGGCGCUGCUUGUCUUUAACCCCAUGAGCCAGGAUCUCAGUGCUACAGAGGCCCAGCUUGUGGCCUUCCUGCAGGGCCUGCGGGAUGAUGGCUUCCAACCUACCAUUCUACGCAGUGGUGAUGUCUAUGGCUAUAGCUCAUGUACAGCCAACCCCCCAAGUGAAACGAAACUGCAAGCUCGUGCCCCUACCCCAGCUGCCACUUCACCUCCAGACAGUGCACCCCGAACUGCAGUACAGCUGCCUGCUGGCCGGGCCACAUUGCUCCCCAUGCCACUGUCUGGCAGACUGGCCAAAGCAUCCACUCCACCCCUCACCAAGCAUGCUACCACCAACUUGCUGCUGAGCUCUCUGAAGCAAUCAAGUGCCAGCCGUGCCCGGGGUGCGGCAGUGGGCUUCCCCGCCCGCCUCUAUCCAGGUGUCUACCCUGCCAUGCGGCUCUCCGUUGUCCUUGAGGCCCUGGUUCCACUCAAAACUCCCAUGCCCUGCUUGGGUGCCAAGCACAAAGCACUACAGCUUUCACUUGCAGAGUCUCCUCUGAAGCUACGAAAAAGUGCAGGGAAGAGACCAGGGAGCCCUCACCCCAAGGCUCCCAAAAAAGCUACCAGCAAAGGCCCUAAGUGUCCGUCUCAUAGAGGCCCCCGACCUGGACCCCGACAAGGCACUGGGCCCCAGAGCAAGACCUAUAAAGCUGUUGGACCCCUCAGUGGCCACCGAAUGAAAGUUUGUUCUGCUCUGGGCACCAAGACAGCACGAACACUGGCCAAAGGAGCCCAUGCCCAGGCCAAGGUGGCUCGAACACAGACCAAAGCUGCCAAGGCCCGAGCUAAAGCCAAGGCAGCACGGAUCAAGGCCAAAGCCAAGGCAGCACGGAUCAAGGCCAAAGCCAAGGCAGCACGGAUCAAGGCCAAGGCCAGGGCAGCACGGAUCAGGGCCAAGGCCAGGGCAGCACGGAUCAGGGCCAAGGCCAGGGCAGCACGGAUCAGGGCCAAGGCCAUGGCGUUACGGGCCAAGGCCAAAGCUAAGGCAGUACGUGCCAAGGCCAAGAUGUCUCGGGCCCAGCCCAGGGGCAGGGGCAGGCCAAAAGGGUCUGUUCAGGCCAGGACUGCAAGGAGAGGCCAGAAAAGCCACUCUGAGACUGUUGGGCAGAAGAGGAAAAGGGCUGAGGAAGCAAUGGAUCUUCCUCCCCAGAAGAGACCACGACGAGGACCUCAGUCCCCUAAAUCAAGGGUAGGGCCUGGAACAGCAAAGUUGCUAAAAUUCCGGGUUAUCAAGGUGGACAGGCAGUCCUCAGAUGAUGAGGUACGGCAGCGGGCUCAGAGGAUCCUCCAUGUGAACUUGUCCCCCGUAAUACGGCUCCAGCCAUUGUUGCCAUACUCAGCACCGUGAUUCCAUCACAUAGCAGUGUUUGGGGGAGCUGAGCUGUCUGACCAGUGACACAGUGUGAACGACCCAAGGACUCCUGGUGCCUCACUCUAGGUCCCUGGCAACCACUGGCCUCCUUUAAGUGACUAGAGGACGUGGG